UUAAAUCAACAAUCAAAAGAAGAUUUAACGGACACGUGUGAUUAACUGGAAACCGUAUUUGCAGAACAAAAACGACGCAUCUGCAAUCAGCAUUCGACAUGCAUUUUGAUGAACUACUAAAUAUUGUUGGUGAAUUUGGACGCUUUCAGAAAAUUCGUCUUUUCUUGAUAUGUCUCUUUGGUGCUGUUUGUGCUUUUCAUGCAAUGAAUAUGGUAUUUGUUGGUGCUAAACCGGAAUUUAAGUGUUCAGUGUCAAAUUUAAAUUUAUCAGAUUCUGUGUACGGAAAUAUAACGGAGAAAGAAAUUCACACUUUUAUCUUAGAGCAAGGGAGCUGUGAAAUUUACAGUUCAGAUGAUACUAUUAAACUUUUGAGUUCUGGUAAUUAUACUCUGGAACAAAUUAGAUCAAACAAUAUAUCUAUAUCUACAGAAAAAUGUGAUAACUGGAUUUACUCUCGAGAGGUGUAUGGACCAACUAUAGUAACACAGUUUGAUCUUAUUUGUGAUAAUGAUUGGUUACGAAGUACAUCAAAGACACUCUACUUUUUUGGGCGUCUACUGGGAGCUGUCAUAUUUGGUCAGCUUUCUGACAUAUUCGGCAGAAAGCCUAUGUUGUUCGUUAAUUUGUUCCUGUUGUUGGUUGCUGGAUGUGUUGCAUCAGCAUCGCCAAGCUUCUUCGUAUUUAUACCAUUCUAUAUCCUACAAGGUGCUUCUCAGACAGGACUGUUCUUGGUAGCCUAUACAAUGGGUACAGAAUUAGUUGGGCCAUCAUAUCGUUUACAUGCAGGGUUUUUGGUGCAGUCUGCCUACAGUGUUGGUUUCAUGACAUUAUCAAUUAUUGCCUAUCUCAUACGAGAUUGGAGAUAUAUCGAACUUGCCAUAACAUUGCCUGUUAUUUUGUUUCUUCCAUAUUAUUGGCUUUUACCAGAAUCAAUCAGAUGGUUGUUAUCAAAGAAUCAAAAAGAAAAAGCUCAAGAAAUUAUAAGAAAAGUUGCAAAAAUUAACAAAGUUGAGAUAAAAGAGGAGAUGUUGGAGGAAAUGACAUCAGAACAAAAUAACACGAUACAGACUGAUAAGAAACAUACAAUAUUAGAUUUGUGUCGACCUAAGAUGUUGUUGCUGUCUUUAAACGUAUGGUUUAAUUGGCUCAUUAACGCAAUGGUGUAUUAUGGGUUGACACUGGGAACGGACAAUCUAGGUGGUGAUCCGUACAUUAACUUUUGUAUCGCUGGUGCUGUAGAAAUACCUUCAUAUAUUCUUUGUAUGUUACUUCUAAACCGACUAGGCAGAAAGAAACCUUUGUUUGUAUCAAUGGUCAUAGGGGGAGGAGCUUGUAUAGCAUCGGGUUUUGUAGAUUCAGUAACCCCGAAAAUAAUACUGGCUAUGGUAGGAAAGUUUUGUAUUACAGCAUCAUACGCCAUAAUAUAUCUGAUGGCAGCGGAAGUAUUCCCUACAGUUGUCAGAAAUAUUGGUAUGGGCGUGUCAUCAAUGUGUGCACGAAUAGGUGGCAUGUUAUCUCCCCAAAUAUUAGAACUCAGCUUUAUUUGGGGACCACUGCCUUUAGUUCUUUUUGGUGGAUUAUCGAUUUUAGCUGGAGGUUUGGCGUUGUUUUUACCAGAAACAGCCGGUAAACCUCUACCUCAAACUAUAGAAGAUGCAACAGAUGGAAACAGAAAGAAGUAUCGCAAAAAGGGCACGGAGAUGGAUAUUUUUCUUAAACAUGAAGGGGACCCGAAAUAUGCUAACGGAAAAAUCUGAUUUCGAAUGAAGUCAAACUUUCCUCAGAAGCUGUUUCAAUGUGUUCAGUUGCCAACCGUGCUAGACCGUCAUGUGAAGCCAAUGUCGUUAAACACCCUCUAGAAGUAGAAGCAAUUAAAACCUCAAAAUGGCACUUCAUAUAUUAGUUCUAUUGUAUCAUAUGUAUUGCAUAUAUUAUGCAAUUUGCGUUCUCAUUUAAUUUAUUGGUAGCCAAUGAUAAAUUUUUUUUUCAAGAAGUCGUGUUUAUUACUAACCAUAUCUACACAUAUAAUUAUGCAAACCAGAAUAUAUGUCAUAUAUUAUAUAUAUGAUAGCGACAAUAAGUGAAAUUAUGAAUUAAGCUUUAAUCCUAGGCAAUCAGCUAACGCCUAGGCAUUAAGUUAUUGGCUGAAAUUUUUCUGAAAUCUGAUAAUGAUUAUUCAUCUUUUUGCCGAAUACAAUUUUAGGCAUAAGUACACACUGGAAGUUAUCAUAAUAGAUAUAGGAAGAUGUGGCGUGAGUGCCAAUGAGAUAACUCUCCAUCCAAAUAACAAUUUAAAAAAGUAAACCAUUAUAGGUCAAUUGUACGGCCUGAACACGGAGCCUUGGCUCACACCUAGCAACAAGCUAUAAAGGGCCCAAAAUUUACUAGUGUAAAACCAUUCAAACGGGAAAACCAACGGUCUAAUCUAUAUAUACAAAACGAGAAACACGUAUAAAUUACAUAAACAAACGACAACUACUGUACAUCAGAUUCCUGACUUAGGACAAAUGCAAACAUUUGCAGCGGGAUUAAACGUUUUAAUGGUACCAAACCUUCUCCCUUUUUCCAAAACAAUAGCAUAACAUCACAACAAAGAAAGGCUCAACUCCAUCAAAAAAAGUAAAUUAAUAAUGCAUAUUUUGUUGUUUAAUAUUCUUGAUAUAAAGUCGUUUCUUAAUUAUAUUUCUUAUAUUACAUGUAUAAAUAUACAUU